AUCCAGUUAUGGCAACACAAGAUGCCAGUCAGUCGCAGGCAAACUCUUUGACUAAGAUGCAAGGUGGACUUAAUGAAUCAUCUGAGCCCAUGACUACACAAACUGCCAACUGGCAAACUCAGGAGAGCCCUUCAAAUUAUUUGAUGCAUAAUGUAUCAAUACCUGGUACGGAUCCUACCACACUAGAGUUCAAGCAGUCAACCAACAAGACUGUGUCUCCUGUCUCUUUUGUGGAGUAUGAGAUACUCUUACCUGGUGUCUUUGGUACUUCUGUGGAAAAAAAUAUCACUUUGGACAGUGCAACUAGAAUUGAACUUUCAUGCAGAUUGGACAGUAAAUACUCUCAUUUGAAAAGUCUUCAAGUGACUUGGAAGAGGGGAAAUGAAACAAUCGAACACAUCAGUAAAACUGACGACAGCCGGGGCAUCCAGUUGAAUAUCGUGGAUAACAGUAAGCUGGGAAGUUACUACUGUACUGUGAAAGGAGAAGAAGGAGAAAUCAGCGCUAGGUUUCAUUUACAAGUACCGCACAUUGAAGGAAGAGAAAAACCCAUAAUUGGUUAUGUGGGAGAUGGAGCUAUAAUGAUUUGUAAAAGCUAUGGCUAUACUCCCAUUGCUUGGACCUGGUAUAUGACAAAUGGAACUGAACAGAUUGCCAUUAAUGACUCUUUGCGGGCAGACAAGUACAUAAUUAAUAGAGUAUCUGCCAAUGUAACCCAUCUGAAGAUACUGAAGCUCACUAAGGAAGAUGAGGAUGUAUAUUGGUGUGAAGCUACUUUUGAACUAGGGAAAAGUAAAGGAAAGCUGAAGCUUAAAGUCCUGACCCUCAUGGUGCCUCUCAAACCCUUUCUAGCAAUUGUGGCUGAAGUUGUUAGUCUAGUAGCUAUUAUUUUCCUUUAUGAGCUUUAUUCAAAAAGGAAAGAGAAAUGUGCAGAAGAUGAAAGAGAAUUUGACCAAAUUGAGCAACUGAAAUCAGAAGAAAGCAAUGGUGUGGAAAGCAGCAGUGCUAGGCACAGAAGAAUUUAA